AUGGCCAGAACUCUGAUCCUGCUAAGCCUUUGGGUCCUUGCUGUCUGGGCUGGCAAAUGCUCCUCCGACGUGAGGGAGAAACGACAGGAAUGGGGAGAGCUUCCUUCGUCAACGCGCAAAAGCUAUAUCAAAGCCGUCAAGUGUAUGCAGCAAAAGCCGGGCAAGCUGCCCACCGAGCACUACCCCGGGGCCCGCAGCCGGAUGGAUGACUUCACGAUAACGCAUAUCAACAGCACUCUUGGUAUUCACUUCAACGGCGUCUUCCUUUCCUGGCACCGUCAUUAUCUCUGGCUGUGGGAACAGGCUCUCAAAGAGGAAUGUGGAUAUGAAGGACACCAACCGUACUGGAACUGGGCUCUCUCGGCCGGCGAUCUCGGUUCUAGCCCGGAAUUCGAUGGUUCCCCGACUUCUCUGUCCGGCAACGGCGAUCCCAGCAAGCCCUAUCCCGGCAAUGAUCCCGCCUUGACCAAGAAUGCGACCGGCGGCUGCGUCACGACAGGUCCCUUCGCGAACCUUCAAGUGCAUCUUCCCGACCUAAAUUCAUUCGUCGGAGCGAGCUCUGUGAAUUCCUCGUUCUUCGACUACGAGCCGCGAUGCUUUGCCCGGUCCUUCAACGACACCAGCUCCCGCCUCUGGCUCAACCAGACAGCAGUCGAUCGCCUUCUCGGCUCACCCGACAUUCGCUCUUUCCAGUUCAAUAUGGAUGGUCGGGAGGGGCCACAAUUCCCGAAGGAAAACUUUUUUGUCGGCCCGCAUUCCGCCGGCCAUCAAUCGGUGGGACCCAUCAUGGGCGACUUCUUUGGUUCGCCCCAGGAUCCGAUCUUUUUCCUUCACCACGCCAUGGUGGACCGUACCUGGGCACUCUGGCAGGCCCAAGACGAGGAGACUCGACUGACGGCGCUGUACGGUACCAGCAGCAUGUUCAACGCCCCGUCUACCCCGAAUGUGACGCUGGAAACGCAGCUUCACUUUGGCGUUCUGAGCGAACCCAAGACAAUUGGCGAGCUCAUGAGCACUCACGCGGAAGACUUCUGCUAUGAGUAUGCUUAA